GGCGCACUUUCACCGGCAGUAGGCAGCCAUUUUUGUCAACCGGCACGCUCAGGAAAAGAUGAUGUCCCUGUCAGGAUUUCGUCCAGUUUUUACUGGUUUAUCGCGCCGACUAUUUACAGCCCAGGUUGCCCCGGCAACUCAAUCAGCAGACAAGCCAGCGCUCCCUAAAGAACCUGUCCAGGUGUCCAAGUUAAGCAAUGGAUUAACAGUUGCUUCAGUAGAGAACCACUCACCCAUUUCUAGAAUCGGUCUGCUCGUCAACGCUGGGUCACGCUAUGAAUCAACAGCAAACCAGGGCAUCAGUCACUGCCUACGUAGCUAUGCCCACCUGACAACAAAAAAUGCAACAACAUUUAACAUCACAAGAGGGCUGGAUGACCUUGGUGCUAGCUUGGAAGCCACUACGACCAGAGAUCACAUGAUGUACUCUGUGCAAUGUCUACGGGGGCAUCUAGAUCAAGGUGCGGCAUUCCUGCAGAAUGCAACCACUGGUCAGCAGUUCCGACCCUGGGAGCUCAAAGACAACAGACAGAGACUUUACUUUGAUCUCGCUUCCAUCAAAAACCAACUGCAGAUUGAGGUUUUAGAGAAUCUGCACUCCGCUGCGUUCAGAGAUACGUUAGGACGGUCCCUGUACGCUCCAGAGUACAUGGUGGAAAAGAUCAGCACGGAGAUGUUGAUGGAUUGGGUAAACAACAUGUACACUGCUGAGAAUAUGGCACUAGUCGGAGUCGGCGUCGGCCAUGAUGAACUGAAGGCAUUUGGGGAGAACUUUGAGCUGAAGACAGGGCCAAGAAACGAGAUGCCAGCAGCUAAGUAUGCAGGUGGCGAGAUUCGCAAACAGCAGAACUCCGGGUUUGCCUAUGCAGCAGUCGGCGUACAAGGCGCCAAACUAAACAGCAAGGAGCUACUGUCACUGGGUGUCUUGCAACAUCUGAUGGGUACCGGGCCGUACAUCAAGUGGGGCAGUCAGAUAGCUUCCUCCAAGCUAACCCAGGCUGCUGCAGCAGCAACGACGGUGCCAUUCUCAGCAAGUUGUUUCAAUAUGUCAUACAGCGACUCUGGAUUGUUUGGCAUGUUCGCCAUUACCCAUGCUGAUCAGAUGGGCGCGAUGCUGAAGUCCAUGAUGAAACAGUUUGGAGCUGUCACCAAGGGAAACAUGGAUGCUGCGGAUAUCACCAGAGCCAAGAACCAGCUGAAGGCGGCUAUCUUGAUGAAUCUUGAGAACCAAUCCACACUCCUUGAAGACAUCGGAGUUCAGUCUCUCAUGAACGGAUCCUACGUCUCAUCAGCUGACUUGGUGAAUGACAUUGAUGCCAUCACAGGAGAUGAUGCAGUCAAGAUUGCAAAGAAGAUAUUCAACGGCAAGAUGUCGAUGGCGGCCAGUGGAGACCUUGGAAAUACCCCCUAUCUGGAUCAGCUUUUGUCAGCAUAAAACUCCACCCCCUUUUAGGAAUCCAAUUUAAUAAAUCCAACCACAUGUGCUCAUGAAAGAAAAAAACAGAUUGGGCUAUUGGCUUGAUUGGGACAAUGAGGGCGCUGUUCAUAUUUAUUUUUCUCACUGGUGGGUGGGGUUUGUUUUGAUGGUUGUUGUAAUUUGCCCUUGUUUGCCCUGGACAUUUUCAGCUACAGAUGGGUCAAAGAUAAGGGGCAAGGUUCAAGGGUCAAAGUUCAAGGGUCAAAGUUCAAGGGUCAAAGUUCAAGGGUCAAAGUUCAAGUGUCGGUGUAUAUGUACUGAACUUUCAAUGCAAAGCACAUUACUUUGUAAUUUGGAGAGACUUGAAUGAAACUAGGAUUUUUAAGGGUGCUGAUGUUUGUGCUUGGUGACCCUAAGAUGAAAUGAAUAUGUUAUUUCAGGAACUGGUACUUCAUAUUUUUGAUUCAUAUUAUUCAGGGGUUCCCACCCCUUUUCCUUACAGUGCCAGUUAAUUUCAAGUACACAAUAUUUCAAAGAUUUCUUAUUAAAAUAAUAUAAGACUUGGUUUAAAAAAAAUAAUCUCCAUGCUACUUAUUAUUUUUCAUUUUGAAUAUUUCUGGACAGAUCUGGGCAAGAAUCGCAAGAGUUCUUUGGAAUUUUAUUCUUGGCAUUUUAUUCUUGGCUUUAGCUCAAUGUAUAAAAAUAUAAAAGGUUGGCACAGAUGACAAUUUUUAUGUUAAUAAUUUUAUGUUAGUUAAAUAACAAGAGUCUACCAAUCCUCGUUUUGAAUCAAUUUGAUUGAACACUGGCACUUCAAAUAUUUAAGUUUGAAAUGGUCCUCAUCAUUUUAUUUGAUAUGAUAUGGAAUAACUGAGUUAUUGUUUUGAGUUGACUUAUAUAUGGAUAGAUGUCAAAUAAAAGUGUGUUUAUUUGAAGAAACAAAAACUUGUUGUCUUUGUUC